AUGGGAAAAACUGCCCCCGCGAAAGGCGCACCGAAUAACAUUUUUGGUGACGAGUUCCGCACGAGCAAGAGGGACAAGCGGACGAUCAAGCGGGCCGCACUGGUCUCGAAAAUCGAAAAGAAUUCGGCAAAAACGCCCAAGCGUCGACGUGCCUCCAAAAAACUCGUCGCCAACCUCGAAUCCUUGGCCGAUGCUCUCCCCGAGGCCGCUGAAGAGCAGGAUGCAGCCAGCCAAGCGAACGUCAUCAAGCAGAAGACCCUACGACACAAGCCCGGUGCGUUGAAGCGUCGCGAAAAGUUGGAGAAGUUGGAGCGGGACCGCUUCAACAGAAAUUUGACCGAGAUGUCCAAUAUCACCAGGCCUGCUCCUGCUCCCACCAGUGGCGAGACAAGUGCUCAGUCGAAUCCGACCGCCGGUCGGUGGUCUGCCCUCCGAAACUUCAUCUCCCAAACGAUGGACAAGCAGCCUGUGUUCAAGGAAAACAAAUGA